ACUUGAGAGAGAGGUUAGGUUAGUUAGGUGGUGCGGUCUUGAGUUGAGAAACAGAAGGCUCACCGCCAAAGCCUGGGUUGGCUUUUGGUUUUAAUUAAAUUGGCCCUGCUGGGAUUUGUUCUUGAAUCUAUCCGUAUUCCUUCCCCAGAGAGAGAGAAUGUUCCAUCCUAAGAAAGCUUCGAGUAUGAAUUCUCACGAGAGAUCAGGUGCUGCAGGGAUGUGCGUCCAAGGCGACUCCGGGCUGGUUCUCACCACCGACCCCAAACCCCGCCUCCGCUGGACUGUUGAGCUUCAUGAACGCUUUGUCGAUGCUGUCACUCAGCUGGGAGGCCCUGAUAAGGCCACGCCUAAGACUAUCAUGAGAGUUAUGGGUGUAAAGGGUCUUACUCUUUACCACCUCAAGAGCCAUCUCCAGAAAUUUAGACUGGGAAAGCAGCCUCACAAGGAAUUCAAUGAUCAUUCGGUUAAGGAUGGUAUGAGAGGUUUAGAACUUCACCGAAACACGGCUUCUUCCUCCAACAUCAUCAACCGAAGCAUGAACGAUGGUAACUCACACAUGGUUGAUGCGAUUAGGAUGCAAAUGGAAGUGCAGAGAAGAUUGCAUGAGCAAUUAGAGGUACAAAGACACCUGCAGUUGCGGAUCGAGGCUCAAGGGAAGUAUAUGCAGAGCAUAUUAGAAAAGGCCUGUCAAACCCUGGCGGGUGAGAAUUCGGGGGCUGCCACCUACAAGCCAAUGCCAAUGUCAAUGCCCAUCCCAAAUAACAAUAACGAUUUUGGUUCCCCUCUGGGAUUUCCAGGUUGUUUUCAAGAUCUGAACCUUUACGGAGGGGAGCAGGUGGAGCUGGAUGGACUCAUGCCUCAUCACAGCAACAACGACAGCUUACUGUGCUUGGGAAAGAAUAAGAAGCCCAGCAGGGCGCCAAACUGGUCGGAGGAUUUCCGGCUCCAGGACAUAGGAAUGGCGCCGCCCUCGUCCCCGUGCCAACAAGAUCAUCAUCAAGAUUUCAAAAUUGGUGCAGCGCUGGUUGUGGAAAGAUCAGAUGAGUUGGAGGAAAUGGAAAUGUACGGGGCCGAGGCCAAUGCCAAUGCCAAGGCCGCAUGCGCCGCAGUAGCAGAUGACAAGAAAUAUGAUCAUAUGAAUGCAAAGCUUCAGAGGCCGUCCCCCAGAAGGGCCCCACUUUCCACGGAUAGGACCAACAACUACCCUCUAAUUACCACCGCUCCACCAUUUGGCUGAUCCGAUCCGAUCCACCUAAUUUUAAUUUAUUUCCAUUUACACCCCUACUCGUCAGUUUUAAGUGCAUGCUUUUACUUUGAGUGACUUGAUGAUUUUAAUUCAGCAUUUGGCGUUUCACCAUCAACAACCAAGGGGUUGACUUCACUUCACUCCACCACUUAAAAGGGAAAGCCUUCCAUGCCCAUGCAUAUAUAUGGCAUGCAAAACCCUUUCUUUUGAUUUUGACCAACACUACUAUCAUAUUUCUUUUCCUUUUCCUAUCCUUAUCCUUAGUAUACUGUAAGUUUUUUAUACAUGUCAAUUGUGCUGGUUACUGACAUUAAUUAUUGUACCAUGUAUGGCCUCUUACCUUAACCUUUAUAAAUUUCUUAUUUUGGUAUUUCGUUAAAAUGUGUCAAUAUGAG